AUGGACGAGAAGCAUAAUCGCCCCCCUGCUCCCGAGCGAUUCAAUUUGGUGAAAGACGUUGCUAUGAAAGACAAAGCACUCGCCAUGGACAAACAAAUUGUCAAUACAAACAAUAAACAUCCCGCUGCAAAGGAACCAAUAGCAGCUCUGAAAUUUGCUGACCAAAAAACAUUUUACUCAACCGAGGGCAAUUUUGAGGCUUCCCUCGAUGAUAGCUCAAACCUCAUUGACCAUGAGCUUCCUCCUGUCCUCAAUCACUCUGUCACGACGUGCAGAUUGUACAAUGCACGCAGUGACCUCUUGUCUUGUAAUACAUUUGACUCCCACGACGUGAAGGAUAUCCUCUCUAUGGGCCACCGACCUGACAUAAACGAUCUAACUAAAUUCUCUCCCGGGACUGUCGACUCCCCACAUCCAGUCAGCCCGUCGCAAUCACUCGAGCUCACAUCCUCCACCGAGUUCUCCCAUAUCAUUCCUCAAUCAGGCUCUUUUCUUGCUCCAGAGCCGACCAUACUACCGGAGUUGGUAAAAGUUCCACCUAUCAAUGACUACACACAGCCCGUUGAGCUAUGUCACGGACUCGAGGUCCCUGACUCCACCGAUCUCUCAAAGACAAUCGAUCAUUCAAGCCCACUUGCUGCUACAUCGCCUGGCAUAAGACUAGGGAUGGUCGAAAUUCCACCUAUCAACAAAUGCACACAGCCCGUCGAUCUAUGUCAGCGGCACGAGCUUCCAUAUUCUACCGCGUCCCCCAAGGCUAUUAGUCCUCCAGUGUCAGUUGCUGUUCCAAAUUCAACCAUGACCCCAGCUGUCAACAACUACACACAACUCAUCGACCCAUUUCAGGGACUCGAGGUUCCAGUCUCCACCAAGAUCCAGGAGCCACCCCAAAUUCAACAGCCUCUUCAGCAGCAAGAACCACUUCAUCCUGAAGUGUGCACGAACGAGUAUCAAUACCGUUCAACUUUUGGGGGCUCAGAAGAAACAAUACACCACUGGAACUGGUUUGGACAGCCGGUUUAUUCAUCAACCGCCACCCCACCGGCAGUUUCCCUCGCCUUCAUGCAAGCCAAGCCCAAGGUACCACAGGGAAGGGAUGAGCUUCGUGUGAGUUCCAUUCUGAAUCGUGCAAUUCAUUACAUCGAUCCCGUUAUCUUGAAAUCAGACCGGGAAAAUGAAGCAGUUUUGCAAAUGCACGGAUCUGCAAUGAUUCACGCAUGUGAUGGCAUUACCUACACCCAUUAUUCCAUACAUGGAAGUUGGAUCAAAGAUGACUUCUCCAAGCGAAAAAUGACUGUCCCUGAUAUUGGUGUCCCGCUAGCAUCACAACUCUUUGUAGUCGCUAAUGGCAUUCAUGAGAAUGGACCCUUUAUCACUCGAUUCGAGUGGAUGGAAUGGCGAGAUAACCUGGUUUCGGCUACCCAGAAGCCUGCUUGUGCUCCACGCAGACUAACCUGGAAGGCGACUCCUUCCAGAUUUAAGAUCGAGUCCAUACCAUCAACUGAUAAGCAGCCAGCGGUAAAUGAUCCUCUAAGCACCCGCGCACCUGUCGUUGAUUGCGUAAGCAAAGCAGCCCAAAAGGCUGUUCAGAUCACAAAGCAAAUUACCCAGACCCUUGUGUCUUGCCCAAUUGCAGUCAUGGGAAUACUGAAAAUGAACCCCCCUGGCGGCGCUAUUCCUCAGCAUUCCCCCUGUUUCACCUUCGGUAUCGUGGGGGUAAUCCUGAGGAAGGCAUGGACCUUGAUCAAGACUGUUUUCAACCCUCAUGGGCUUCUUUCAAACAUAUUCCUGUCGUUUAAUCAUUGA